CCGGCGUGGCUGACGUCCAGCAUGAGGUCCAGCGCGGCGCCUUGAGGGCCUCGGGCGCAUCCCAGAUCGUAGCUCUCGCGCAGCUCGUAGCUGCUUCUUGUGCGUGGGCUUGGUGCAUGGGAUACGCAUACUGGCGCUAAAGUUGGCAAAUGUGACCAGGGCCCACUUGACCCAUGCGUCGGUGGUAUCUGGUUCUCAGAGUCGAUUCGCAUGAGCGCUACUACGAGCAUGAAUAUCCCCAAGGGCUUUGCACAGCUGCCGGCGGACUUUCUGCCGGCGUACCGACGCCUCCAGAUCGUCAAUGCCAUCGGGUACGCCAUCCUCGCGCUUGUGUGCACAUCGCUCAUUGUGCACUUGCGCCGGCACCGCGCGACCGCCUACUCGGGCGACGACGGCGCGACACGCAAGCUCAUUCUGCCGUCGUUCGAGCCGCUCUUACGGACGAUCGCCAUCACGUCGCUCGUGCUCGGCCUCUACUUUACAGUCGUGGCCAUUGUCAACUUUACCGGUGCGCUCGGGUCGGGCGUCGCGCUCCAAGCGCUCUUCCAAGGCCGGCAGGCGCUCAACCACUUUAUCGUGCUCUUCUUCAGCCAGCGCAGCGUCUCGAAGCGGGCGCUGCGGCGCGCCGGUGCGAUCGCGCUCGGGCUCAUGACGCCGCCGCUCGCGAUGGCCACGGCGUUUACGUUUCUCGACACGCCAAGCACGACGCGGUACAUUGCGCAGUCCAUCUACUCGGGGCUUCUCGCCUUUGGCUACGUGUACAUUGCGAUCUUCCCGCUCUCGCGCGCGUCGCCGCGGGUGUGGCGCGAGUUUGCGGGCUUUGUCUUGGUCUAUUACAUAGCGCUUGGGAUUCAAUCGUACCUCUUUUUCCGCGACAACAUGGGCGUCGGCGCGACCUUCCUCGUGGUCAUGCUCGUGUGGGACACGCUAUUGCCGUACUUUCUAUGGCGGCUCUUACGCGCCGACACGGAGCACUGGCGCGGCCUCGGGCAGCGCGCGGUCUCGCUUACGCGCGAGCGCACGACGACCGUGCUCCACGAAGCCGUCUCGAGCGAGGGCCUCCACGUACUCUUGGAGCUGCAUGAACAUCACGUCGUCGACUUUGCGCACCUCAAGGUCGACGACUGCAUCGGCGGCGGCCUUGCCUCGACUGUGCACCGGGGCACCCUCUUUGCCAAGUGGCCGGUCGCGAUCAAGGUGUUUACGCCGCCCGAGAUCUCGCAGGCGGCCGUGCUCGAGUUCUCACACGAGGCCGCGCUCUGGGCCGCGCUGCAGCACCCGAAUAUCGUUGCAUUUUACGGUAUUUGCGUCUCGCCGCCCGCGAUUUGCUUUGUGUCGGAGCUCUGCGUCGGGACCCUCAGCGACGUGUUGAGUGCGCCACCGCCACUGUAUCUCGAACCGCUCUGGCCGCAGCUGUGUCUCAUGCUGGACGCGGCCCGCGCGGUCGCGUACCUCCAUAGCUUCACCCCGCCUUUCCUCCAUCGCGACCUGAAGCCCUCGAGCUUCCUCGUGGGCGAGGAGCAUGUGCUCAAGCUCUCUGACUUUGGCGACGCGCGAAGCGUUGCGACGCGUGAGCGCAGCAUGACGGUGCGCGGGACGUUCGACUACAUGGCGCCCGAGGUCAUUGACGGCGCGCAGGGCCGCGCGUCGUACGAUGACCGCGCCGACGUCUUCAGCUUGGCGAUCACGCUCUGGGAUAUUUGCCACCCGGGCCGAGACAAGUACCCGCUGGGCCACCACAAUCAUUUCCGCGUCUUUGAACUCGUGCUCGACGGCCACCGACCUCCGCUGGACGCGAAUCUGCACCCGGCGCUCGCCGAUCUUCUUGAGAGUGCGUGGUGUCCGUCGCCGCUCUACCGCAUCUCGGCCGCGACGAUUGUGUCGCGCCUGGAGCAGCUCCAGGCGGCGCUGAGUGAAGCGGUGCUGGCGCCGCAGCUGUGCGCGACACCGGUCGUCGAGGUGACGGGCGACGCGCUCGUUCGCCGCGUUUUGGACGGUCCGUACGCCUUCUCGGCAGCUGAGGCAACGCGGCUCUGCAAUGGGCUCAUGGACGGCGGCGUGCUCCACCACUACGUCCACAAGAAGCCCUUUUACAAUACCCACUCGAGCGUCUACGUGCUCUCGACGCGAUCGCUCACCGACUUGUGCUCGAGCGAGACGACGACCGUCGUCUGCGACUGCAAGCGACUCGCGCAAGGAAAACACAAACGGCUCGCGACAAAAGCGCCGCACUUGUGGCGGCCGUGGCGGUCCUGGCGAAGCCCUAGCCCGCUGCGCACGAGGCUACUGAGCCGCGACAGCACGAGCAUUUUGCAGGACGAUAGUCAAACAACACGCUCCGUCAUAUUGGGGGUCUAAUCCGCGUUGGUGUCGUAGCGGCGACAGUGCUUUGGUGUAGCGCUGCCAAAGGCGACCUGUAGCAGGCUUGACGACCUCAAGUGGGCACGGCCGCAUAAGAUUGGCCUUCGCAGAGACCGGUGCUGGGAUCGAACCGCGGUCAUUUCAGCAAAUGAGGUGCACGGUUGGAGUAUCGGUGGUCAGGAGACG